CACGCCUAUAGAUCACACAGACGCUCCCACUUCUUCGCUCACUGAGAGAAAGAGAGGAGGAGGAAGGAGGACCUGAAGUCAGGAUUUGACUUCCUUAACGUAUCAAAGCGGAACUAUGGAUGAUUUAAGCCCUCGCCAUGGUGGCUCUGUGUUUGCGGGGCUGGUGGGAGCGUCGCAGGUGCUCGGCCUUGUGUCCGUGGUUCUGACUGGGGUGUGGAUGGGUCACUACCGAGGAGGUUUUGCCUGGGAUGGUUCAGCUCAUGAGUUCAACCUGCACCCUCUUUGCAUGGUACUGGGCCUGAUUUUCCUGCAUGGCGAUGCCAUUUUAGUUUACAGAGUUUUUUGUAAUGAAGCAAAAAAACAUGUGAAGCUGCUUCAUGGCUUUAUUCACCUGCUCGCCCUCAUCAUCAGCAUCGUAGGGGUUGUAGCUGUGUUUGACUUUCACAGAGCAGCCAAGAUCCCAGACAUGUACUCUCUUCACAGCUGGUGUGGCAUGGCCACCCUAGUCUUCUUCUGCUUACAGUGGGUGUUAGGUUUGCUGUUUUUCCUUUUUCCUGUUGCAUCGUCAUGGUUACGAGCCACAUACCUGCCUAUCCAUGUCUUCUGUGGGCUCACUCUGUUGGUAAUGGCCAUCGGGACGAGCCUGCUUGGCAUCACAGAGAAACUCCUGUUCAGCAUUACGGAUGCAUACUCUCUGUUUGCCCCAGAAGGGGUGCUGGCCAACAUGUUGGGGAUUCUGCUGCUGCUUUAUGGGGUGCUGUUAGUUUACCUGAUCACCAGAGAGGAGUACAGACGUCCCCCAAACCCUGAGGAAGAGUCUCUAUCUGUCCACUUCAAGAACCUGACUGAGGGUGGGGUGCCACCAACACCCUGAAGCUCCAACUGACACUAACACAUCUGGACCUUUCUCAUAAAAAAAACAAUGUUUGUGUAAGCUGUGAUUUUUACAAAGCAUAAAAUAAUGAACAGAGAGCAGUUAUGAUUUACUCUAUCCUGAAAACAAAACUCAUUUAUUUUCACUUUCCUCCCAGCUACCUAGCUUUAUCUAAAAUUGUGUAUUUGUGCUACAGAAUAUGAAUAAUGCAUCACACAGAAUGACUGAAAUCUCAGAAACUACAUUUGUGAAAAUAGCAACAGUCGGUGCUUAAAAAGAAAGUAGUAUUAAAGAUGAAUUUCAAAAAGAUAUUUAUUUCCCUGUAUUCAUCAAAAUCGGCUACUCCAAAGUUUUAGAAGAGAUCCCCAAAUCCGUACUUUAUUCAAGACAGUUUAAUUUUAAAUAUUUUCUUGAUUUGAAUAUAGAUUCAACUCAGGAAAUAUGACAGGAUUCUGUCUUUAUCAAAGCAGUUAUACUAUAAACAGAUUAAAUACAUCGCUCAGUAAUGACAACAGCAGCAGAAAACACAAUAAUAAGAAUAUUAUGAAAAUCAAUCAGGACAAGAAACUUUAUUUCCUGCUUAGCUGUCAAUGGGGAGCGGUCAUCUCAUAAAUUCUAAGAGGAUAUGUGGUGGUACGCCACUGGGGCUUUGAAAUUCAUUUUAUGUUUUAUACACUCCACACAGCUAUUAAACAUAAAUGAGAGUAUUUUCAUAUAUUGGGAUUCAGAAUUAGGGGUUCAGCCAAGGCACCAUUCUCAGAACUUCCUAACUGCAUGCUGUCAGUGUUGUGCCCAGACUGGGCAGACACUCAUUUGCUGCAAAAUUAGCCUCUAAUGAAAACCUAAAACACAUAUUUUCCUAAGCACAAAUCCAUAAUCUCCAGUUUGAAGUGAUGAAUAAUAUAUAUGGAGGAAUAAGAGACAUUCUUCCAAGUAUCUUACUUAUAAUAAGUAAGAUACUUGGAAGAAUAAGUAUCUUACUUUUACUUGGUAUCUUAAAAACAUCAGAUGUUUUUCAGUUAAAAAAAAUAUAAUUAGUUUGACUCUCACUGGCCUUUGUUCCAACAAUUUCACUGAGAAUCAACACAAUUUAUUGAAACCAACCUUAUGUUGGAGCUAAGAUGUACAAAAUAAAUGUUAGAGCAUGAAACACAGAGCUUUUUCCUUCUGUUCAAAUAGAUGCACAAUAUGCAACAUGGUCUUAUAAAAUCUAACUUCAAGAUUUGUGUAUUUUAAAGAUGGCUACAUGAGAUCUAUUGAACAUGGAGCUCCAACUUAUUAUGACUACUUUGUAGGAAUGGUUUUAUGGAAACACUUUCAGGUUUAAAACCUUAUCUUUUUAAAACUUUGUAAUAUCAGUAGCCACUAUAUGGGUAUGUUGACACCUUUAAACUUAGGGUUGUCUUUUCAGUUCUACAUGCCAUUGAAUGUGAUAUAUGUCACAGAAAUUCAAACACAUAGUAUAUGGAAAUGAGUGAGUGCCAAGUAACAACCAUUAACAGCAUUGAAGGAAACCUGAAACUUCCUGCUUCAUGUGACUUUUAGAGUCAGAUUUAACCGAAACAGUUAUUCCUGUCUUGAAGCUCUAAACUUGACUGUUCUACGAAAAGUUCUCUGUAAUUAAGUUUUGGCUCUGUGGUCACUGCUUUGUAAAUGUUAUACAGUACAUACCAAAAGUUUGGAAACACCUAAUUGGUGUGUCUAAUUAGGUGUGUCCUAAAUCUAAACAAACAGACAAAAAAAAAAAAAAAAAAAAAUCACAGAAAAUCUAAACUUCAGUCUGGAAUGGAAACUUCAACAGUAAAUAAUAUUUAGGUUGAUUUACAUUUGAUGAUAUCUUACACCUCACAGGGUGCAGAGGCAAGAGAGCACUCCAAUACUUCAAUGGAAACUCAGCAACAGGAGUCCACAGUGAGGGGUCACCAAAUUAGGUGACACACCAAAUCAGGUGCGUCUAAUUGGAAGGACACACUUUGAAUUCAAUUAGAAGGUGUGUCCUUCCAAACUUUUGGAAGAACACACUUCUUCCAUUAGAAGGUGUGUCCAAACGUUUGGUCUGUACUGUAUAUGUUUUCUGAUGAAACACAAUUAGGCAGAGAGUCUUGCUGGUUAUUCUAAACACAAAUGAGCUUUACCUACUUUACCUACUUUAUCUUGCCAAAUCUCCACUGCUGAAUGUUGUUAAUCUUGAUGUUCCUCUUAACAUUGUAACUGUUCAAAAAGAAGUCCUAAUCUCACUAUGUAAAAUAAAAUGUGUGUGAAA